AUGCGGAAGGUCAAGAGAUGCUUCACGUGUUACAAGCCGACAGAUCGCGGUGAUGGUGGGAAGUCGCUGAAGAACUGUAUGUAUUACAGUGAAAUGAGUGCCGAGGAGAGGAAUGAGAAGAUAACCUCUGCCAUUAGCUAUUGCAAGGUAGCAAAUUUUGAGUACAUUGAUGAAGUGGAAGCAGUAGCAGAAGAGGAAGCACAAAAGGCAUCAACCAAAAAUAAAACUACCACCAACAACCCAGAUAGAGCUAGCUACUGGGAAGAGUCGUUGAAAGACAGAUAUGAAGUACAGAAGGUUGAAGAGUUUAACGCCAUGGGCAAGGGGAAUAAAAGCUGUAAACAGAUGGUGUCUGUAGAAAAUGAGGACCUUGCUGGUUUGGAAGAUGUAAGUUUCGAAGGAGAAGACAAUAACUAUGAAGUUGAGUUAAUUGAUGAAGAAACAGCUGCAUCUGGAAUUCUAACUGGGAGGAGGCCUUAUAGAAAGAAAAUCCUGGAUAGUGCUGAAUCACUUCCCUUGACGGAAGGUGAAGGGAGAUCCUUCAGAGUAAAGGGAUUCAAUCAAAAUCAAAGGGCUGUAUUUGUUCAGAUUAUGAUGAGAUUUGGAGUUGGGGAGUUUGACUGGGCAGAGUUCACGCCACGCUUGAAGCAAAAGACUUGCGAAGAAAUUAAAGAAUAUGGGACUCUUUUCUUGACACACAUCGCUGAGGAUAUUACUGACUCACUAACCUUUUCAGAUGGUGUUCCUAAAGAAGAACUAAGGAUAGAAGAUGUACUUGUUAGGAUUGCAGUGUUACUUCUGAUAAGGGACAAAGUGAAGGCUGCAUCGAAAAAGCCAGGCACUCCCCUUUUUCCAGAUGACAUAGUAUCUCGUUUCCCAGGAUUGAAGAGUGGAAGGUUUUGGAAAGAGCAUUACGAUCUAUUACUACUCCGUGUUGUAUUAAAGCAUGGCUAUGGAAGGUGGCAAGCUAUUGUUGAUGACAAGGACCUGAAGGUUCAAGAGGUUAUUUGUCAGGAGCUGAAUCUUCCGGUUAUAACUCUCCCUGUACCAGGAGCAUCUCAAUCACAAGAUGGUGCAAAUGUGGUUAAUGCUGAAACUCCUAUGAAUGAGACAAAAGGAACUGUUGUUGGGAAUGAUUUAGCAGUUGAUGCUGCAAACAGAGCACCUGGCGUUGCAAACCGAUCACAGUUAUUUCAAGAUUCUUCGUCAUUAUAUCAUUAUAGAGAGAUGCAGAGAAGACAGGUUGAAUUUAUCAAGAAAAUGGUUCUUUUUCUAGAGAAAUUACUAAACACAGAAUACCAAAAAGAAGUCUUUGGUGACACAAAAGCAAAUGAGACUCCUAUUGAAGAGCCGGAGAUUGAAGCCAAGGUUCUCGAUAUACCAAGCCCAUGCUCCAUGGAUAUUGAUUCUCAAACUAGUAAUCAGUUACCACAAGUGAUCAAUGGUGUUCCUAAGGGACUAAGGAUAGAAGAUGUACUUGGUAGGAUUGCAGUGUCACUCCUGAUAAGGGACAAAGUGAAGGCUGCAUCGAAAAAGCCAGGCACUCCCUCUUUUCCAGAUGACAUAGUAUCUCGUUUUCCAAGAUUGAAGAGUGGAAGGAGGUAA